AUGGAAGUUUUGUCUAAUGUUUCUCCAUGUUCUAUUUUAUUAGAGGCACAACUGAAGGCCAUUAAAGAAAAGUCAAAAGACCCGGAGGCUGCAGAACCUGAACCUGAACCAACAACUGAAGUUCUUUUCCUUUGUAGUUAUCAAGGCUGUGGGAAGACUUUUAUUGAUGCUGGAGCUUUGAGGAAACAUUCUCACAUCCAUGGAGAGAAACAAUAUGUUUGCAAUUAUGACAAUUGUGUAAAGGGUCUGUGUUUUUGCACGUACAUUUCGAGGUUGAACGUGAAGAGAGGAUGUUUGAGUUUGUCCCACAUUGGUGUUUUAAGAAGUCAUAUGGUUUUAUCUGGAAGCUUUAACAAAGUGCACUGCUACAAUAGCAUGCAAGAAAUUUUUGGAUAGUUCGAAGCUAAAGAGGCACUAUCUUAUUCAUACAGGAGAGAGAGAUUAUGUCUGCCCUCAUGAAGGAUGUGGUAAGGUGAUCACUUUUCUGCUCUGAAGAAGUCUAUCACCAUUAUUUUCAUUCCUGGCUAGAUUUCUUUUUUCAUUCAUUAAUGUCUAAUGUUGAUUUUGGUUGUCAUGCUUGUGUGAGCCUUUUUUCCUUAGAUCUCUUUAUUUACUGUAAUUACAGUGUAUAGGUUCUUCUAUUUCAUAUAAAGGUGGUGUUCUUCCUUGUUUAUGUGGGUGAGAUUCUUCACAUCUAUCAGAUAAAUUUGGUCCUAUAUGUACUUAGAACACUGAGGGGAAAAUUUGAACAACAUAUACUGCAAAUGGACUGAGGUAAGUGCUUCAUAGCAUACAAUGCUAAGCCUUUCACCUCCUUCAAAAGUUCUUUUCUAUGUUUUGUUACUAUUUUUCCAAGAAUAUGUAUCCCAAGGGAAACUCCAGUUUAUAGCACCUUGCUGGUCUCCUAACUGUGAAUGGCAACGUGAUUUUAGCAGGAUAUUUAAUUCGGUUUUUUAUUUUUGCAACAAUAAUAUAAUCUUGCAAACAGUGAUUUAUAUAUGUAGACACCCAUUAGUGUCAAACUUCCGUUGGAAAUUUCAUGUCUUCUCUGUCAUGGCGUACCUCAUUUGUCAGGCAACUCAUGAUGCCUGAAGAUUCUGUUUUUUGCUUCGAAUUUCCUGUAGUUUUCAACAUCCAACAUGGAAAAUGCAGGCAUUCUCUCUGGAUUUCAACCUAAGGUCACAUAUGAACACACAUUCACAAGAGAACUAUCAU